AGACCCACAAAUGUCUGCCCAAGCUCAAAUGAGAGCUCUGCUCGACCAGCUAAUGGGAACAGCGAGGGAUGGUUCAGUGUAUCUUUGCCAGCCUACAUCAAUCUGCAAAGGAGUUGCAGAAAAGCCUCAUGUUCAUCGAGCCGUAUGGGCAAGAAAACUGUUCCCAUUUAUACUUUUCUACAACGGGUUUAAAAUUCUGCAGCUGAGGUCUUGAAGAUGCAGAAGGGUACAGUAUGUGGUGCAGAUCGCAGGGAUGAGACACGGCAGAGGGUCAAGUUCACGGACGAGCGAGUCUGCAAAAGUCAUCUUCUCAACUGCUGUCCACAUGACAUCCUGUCUGGAACUCGUAUGGACCUGGGAGAGUGCACGAAGAUCCAUGACCUGGCACUUCGAGCAGAUUAUGAAAUUGCCUCCAAGGAGAGAGAUCUGUUCUUUGAGCUCGAUGCGGUGGAUCACCUGGAGUCAUUCAUUGCCGACUGUGACCGGAGGACAGAGCUAGCCAAGAAGCGCCUGGCUGAGACCCAAGAAGAGAUAAGUGCUGAGGUGGCAGCAAAGGCAGAGAAGGUUCAUGAGCUGAAUGAAGAAAUAGGAAAGUUACUGGCCAAGGCUGAGCAGCUGGGAGCUGAGGGAAACGUGGAUGAGGCACAGAAGGUCCUGCAGGAAGUGGAGAAGGUCCGCACCAGGAAGAAGGAUGCAGAGGAAGAGUACAGAAACUCGAUGCCAGCCUCCAGCUUCCAGCAGCAGAAGCUUCGGGUGUGUGAGGUAUGCUCUGCUUACCUGGGUCUCCAUGACAACGACCGUCGUUUGGCCGACCAUUUUGGUGGGAAGCUUCACCUGGGCUUCAUCCAGAUAAGAGAGAAACUGGACCAGCUAAAGAAAACCGUGGUCGACAAGCAGGAGAAGAGGAACCAGGAGCGCUUAAAGAGACGAGAAGAGAGGGAGAAAGAGGAAAGGAUGAGGAGGAGGACCAGAUCACGCAGCAGAGAGCAUAGAAGGUCCCGUUCUCGUGAUCGCAGAAGGAGGCGCUCGCGCUCCUCGUCACGAGACAGAGACAGGCGCCGCUCACGCUCACGCUCCAGGGACAGGAGGAGGCGGCAUCGCAGCCGAUCCCGCUCCCGCAGCCGAGGCCACCGUCACAGCCACGAGCAGAGCUCCAGACACAAGUCGUCCAGGGACCGAGAACGCGCGUCCAGAGACAGGUCACGGGAGCGAGACAGGAGGGACGGCAUGAACGGCAGGUCAGACUCCCGCCGGGCAGAUGACCGGGACAUGGGGGACCUCUGAAGACCAAACUCCAUCCACCACCGACACACAAUCUCCUCCUGUCUCUCUCACCUGUCUGUCUGUUUCCAGUAACCUGAUGUUACACACAGUCCUUGCCUUGAGCCCUUUGUUCUCCCGCCUGCCUCCUUUCUUUGCUUUAACAUUUAAUGCAGCCGACCCAGAGGGUACACAUACCUGAAAUAUUGUAUGGAGUCACUUAUCUAAGCAUCCAGAUAUAUCAGAUUGAAUUUGGAUGGCGGGAUUAGUUAUUGAUCAGUAGUGGAGUGUAUUGUAAUACCCACAUCUGUAAUUUGGUGGCUGUCUGUCCAACACAUCCCACGUCUUGCUAUAAACUACCCUAUCGUGAUUUCAGCAGAUAUCAUGAUGAUCUGCUGAACUAAAGCAUAAAACAGAACUUAUCCAUACUCUUUUAUUGUUGACCGAUGGUCUUUUGAUACAGAAUCUGUCUGUAAAUAUGUUUUGGGCCUAAUGAUUGUCUGAGGAGACUUGUCCUAUCAAGAAUUUCUUUUUUUUUUUAAAUCUUCCUCAGCUUGAGUGCAGUUCUUGAAUGUUUGCCCACUUAUUUGUCUCCAGUACUUAGUUUGCUGAUGCCCAGUUAAAGCUAUAGGAACACAAUUCCAAAUCCAUAGGUUUUAAAGUUGCUAGUAUUGGUAUCAACCUUAUGUCUCUCCUUGUCCACUUUUUUCUUUUUUUUUCCUUUUGUUUUCUUAAGUAAUCAGAUUUUAUUUCAUACUGCCAGUAGUGAAGGGAAUCUGUUCAGUUGAGAGGUUGGCCAGUAUAAGUCAGUUCUUGUUUUGAGUUAGUUUUGGUGGAAGGUGUCUUGUUUUAUAAUUUGCUCUAUCUUGAUUUCUUUUAUUAUUUAAAUAAUGAAAAUAAAUGGUAACUUCAAAGUUAGUGUCAGCACGUGAAGCAGUAGUUUCAGAAACUAUCCAUUUGAAAUUCAGUGCUGAAUGUGUACACACUUUUAUGUGUCGAGUCAAACUGACAUUUUGGCCCAAUUUGGACAGAUUCCUCUGUGAGUAGAUUUAUACUUAAAUGCAAACAGAUUUUAAAGGAUGCAUUGCUUUACCUAAUGUGUGGAGUCAUAUCUGUUUAUGUUCUGCUGGAAAUCUUUCUUUCAGUCUCAAUUAAAAAAAAAAUCCCACCAUUUUAA